UGCUAUAAUUAAAAAUAAAGUAAAACUUUGACCGUUUAACUCACAACACACGCUCAAAGAAAACGGGGAAACUCGAAAAAUAAAUUAUUCAGACCCUUUUGGUAACCAUGACAACGACAGUCGCUUUCAACCAAUCAAACUCUUUUUGUGAGAUCUUUCACGCCAUCUUGAAUCUACACUCACCGUUUUUCUUAAGAAGAGAAAAACUGUUUUUAUACUUAUGGUUUCUGGGAUAUGAACGUUUCUCGAAAUAAGCCCUUACAGGUGACCAGAAAAGGAGGUAGGGAAGCAGACGACGGUUUGGAGACGAAGCAGGAAGAUUGAAAAAGUGGUGGAGGCAUGCUGAAAAAGCUGAAGUCGAGGCGCAGCCAAACGGAGAAGUGGCCUGUGGUCACGGAGGAUGAACUCCGGGCACUGGGGAAAGAAAUUUCCCCGGACCAUGUGCUGGGUCUUCGGACUGUCACUAAAGAUUAUCUUUGCAGACUCGAGGACAAUAUCUACAACAUUGACUUCACGCGUUUUAAAAUCAGAGAUCUUGACACAGAAACAGUGCUGUUUGAGAUAGCCAAACCUCCGAACAGUGGUUCUGUGGUGAAUGAAAAGGACAGUAUGGAUUUGGAUGUCGCUGCGGGACGUUUUGUCAGAUACCAAUUCACACCGGCGUUUCUAAAGUUGCGCACGGUUGGUGCAACUGUUGAAUUCACAGUUGGCGACCGACCCAUAAACAGCUUUCGAAUGAUUGAGAGGCAUUAUUUUCAGGGUCGCCUUCUCAAGAAUUUCGAUUUUGACUUUGGUUUUUGUAUACCAAACAGCCGCAAUACAUGUGAACACAUUUAUGAGUUUCCGCAGCUUCCAGAUGACCUCAUUCGCCAAAUGGUGGCCCACCCGUAUGAGACCAGAUCAGACAGUUUCUACUUUGUGGACAAUAAACUCAUCAUGCACAACAAGGCUGAUUAUGCCUAUAAUGGUGGGCUCUGAUGGCAGAAUGGUUGCUUUUUCUUCCAAGGGAUAGACUCUUGGAUAAUAUCUAUCCACAGUUUAAUUUUCAAGGGCACAGAGGUAUCUUUUUUAACAAUUUUUAACAGACCUGCUCGAUGUUCGACAGGCCAGCUCUGCCUUCAACUGUAACCGAGGAUUUGUCAAACAGCACUAUAAAGAGCUCAAGUUCUAGGUUUCAAAAAUAUGUUUCCUUCAAUGUUUCUUUUAUGAAAUCUGCUUGUCUUGAUUUUUGUUUGUCAUUCCAGCAUUAUUGGUAAUAUUUGUUUGAUUUUGGGCUAAGGUUGUCUCUGCUGGAAGGGAACACUUUGACUCACAGAAUUCUAAAAGCUCCACCUUUAGACUGGCUUGGUUUGACAUUACUGAAAUGCAGAAGAUGUUCUUUGUAUCUUACAGGAAAGCAAGCUCUAGUGUAUGCCCUUCAGUAUUGUUAGGAGCAGAUGAAGGUGUAGCAUGGGUAAGUCUUUUUUAAAGUAGAUUUUUGUUUUUCUGUGUUUGCUAGAAGGACUAAAAAGUUUUGCCUUGUACACAUUAUAAGUUGUAUUCAGUGACAUUCUUCUACUAUUAGACAGGGUUCCCACUUUUUAUGAUACAUUUUCAGGGUUAAAGACCUUUUCCUGUGGUCCAAUUCCAUCUUUUCAAUGGUUGUAGUAAAAUCUUAACUUUCUGAGAGGGACCCCUGGGCUUCCUGGAUCUGAAAGAACAUUGUGUCUUUCUAUAUCUGUGACAUAUCUGGUGUUGUUGCCUUUGUCCACUUUACUUUGGCUAGAGUCUUUAGGCUGUCUACCUGGUUUACGGUUGUACAUGUGAUAGGAGUGUGAUUCUGGUCGGCUACUGGAGUCUUGGGUUUAGUGGUUACAGAUGAAAGGUUUCUGCAGCAGCACACAACCUGAUGGUGUGGAGAGAUGCAGCUUGUUAGUUAUUAUCUAAAUGAUCGUAGAUGUAAAACCUAGAUACCAUUUUGUUCUUCUUCUCACAGAAAACUUUAUAAGAUAAUAUGAUAGAAUGUCUUGUAUGUAUUAAACUUCAGACUUGGUGGGAAGGGGGCUUUGCUUUGGGACCAUUGAACUGUAUUCUUCCUUUUUAGAAGAGACAAAAGAAAAAUAUGGAUAAUUUUGGAACUAGUUGGCAGGCUGCAUUUCUAUAUGUCUGAAUAUGCGUCAUGUCAAGUGAUAAUCCCUUGUUAACUCAGACAUGAUCUACAUAUAUUCAUUAGCACUGUUUAGUACUUGUAUGUGCCUUAAUUCAUGGUAAAGAAACCUUGCUUACAGGUAUAAUGGCACUGAGCAGAGGGAAAGUUCACCAAUCAUAUCUCAGUAUAUAUGCUAUACUGUUUUGUAUGAAGUAAAAUGUUUUGUGUUAUGUGAUUUUUAUACAGUAGGCAAUUUUUUAAAUUAUUGCUACAGUUAAAAAAGAUCCGUAAUGAUCAAUGGGAAUGACACAAAAAGCAAACCAGCUAUCGGGUUCAUGAGAAAUGUGGUCACAUGAGCUUUUUGCAUUGUUGCAAGUCUUUUUCCUCUUUACCCUGGCUCACUUAGUGUGAACGUGCUGGGAGUCUACUUUACCAUUCAUUGUGUCAUUGUUUCUGGGUUUUUAAACCCUCUUUUCUGUGGAGCAGCAUAUAAACUGCAUAGGAAGACUGUGAUGUGAAUCUGGUGCAGUCCAGUUUUUAUAGUGGCUUAUUUUCAAAGUGACACAUUGGUGUAUUAUCAUGACUGUUGUUAAUAAAUAAGCCUGACAAAAAUAGAA